CAUAAACCGGAAGUGAGAAUGAAGUGGGUCGUGUUCAUGAGCACGGUGACGGCAGCAGGAGUGAACCGGCAGAGACUGAACCUACCGGGGGAAGCAGAGGAGCCGGUGGAUGCGGUGGAGCGAUCACAUCCAUGAGAUCCAUGUUCCUACUCUCACUCACUUUACGUUCCUCAUUGUGAACAUCCUCAUAGCGUUAAGGAGCCCGCUCCGCUCUCUACAGACCGGGAAGAAAGAGCCGGUUGUGUUCGUGACCCCGGUGUGUGACCAGAGGAGUGUGUGUGUGAGCAGCUCUCCCUAUGUGUGUCACAAUGGGGGACAUCAGUGACCUGGACCGACAGAUAGAGCAGCUCAGACGCUGUGAGCUCAUUAAAGAAAAUGAAGUCAAGGCACUAUGUGCCAAAGCCAGAGAGAUUCUGGUUGAAGAAAGCAAUGUCCAGAGAGUAGACUCUCCUGUCACAGUGUGUGGUGAUAUACAUGGUCAGUUCUAUGACUUGAAGGAGCUGUUUAGAGUUGGUGGUGAUGUCCCAGAGACAAAUUAUCUCUUCAUGGGUGACUUUGUGGACAGAGGCUUCUACAGUGUGGAGACGUUCCUUCUUCUGCUAGCUCUUAAGGUGCGUUAUCCAGACAGAAUAACUUUGAUCCGGGGAAACCACGAGUCCCGGCAGAUCACCCAGGUCUACGGUUUCUACGACGAGUGUCUCCGCAAGUACGGCUCAGUCACAGUGUGGAGAUACUGCACUGAGAUAUUCGACUACCUGUCCCUCUCCGCUAUCAUUGAUGGCAAGAUCUUCUGUGUGCAUGGUGGCUUGUCUCCAUCCAUCCAGACACUGGACCAGAUCCGGACAAUUGACAGAAAACAGGAAGUUCCCCAUGAUGGGCCUAUGUGUGACCUCCUGUGGUCAGACCCUGAAGACACCACUGGGUGGGGGGUGAGUCCCAGAGGUGCUGGCUACUUGUUUGGGAGCGACGUGGUGGCCCAGUUCAACGCCGCCAACGACAUCCACAUGAUCUGUCGAGCACACCAGCUGGUCAUGGAAGGCUACAAGUGGCACUUCAAUGAGACGGUGCUCACUGUGUGGUCAGCACCCAACUACUGCUACAGAUGUGGCAACGUGGCGGCCAUCUUGGAGCUGGAUGAGCAUCUACAGCGGGAGUUCAUCAUAUUCGAGGCAGCGCCUCAAGAGACCAGAGGCAUCCCCUCCAAGAAGCCAGUAGCCGACUAUUUCCUGUGAAGUGUUUGAGCAGACAGCCGCGAUGUGUCGAGAUCUCCGGUCCCAUUUCACACCAUCCUGUCGGUCUGGACUCAGAGCAGUUAGACAGAAAACCUGCCAAACGCAGCUUCAGGAGCUGGAUUUGUGGCGUGCUGCCCGAGGCUGACGGAGCAGUCGCUGUGUGAACGGUGUAGGGACAUGGUGGACACUGGGCCCAUGACUGUUGUCACUUCCUCAUCAUUUACUUUCUUUCUCUCUCUGUAGAUACGACACUCUCCCUCCCUCACUUACUUCACCACUCUUGUAGUAUUUUCCAUGAUGAACAUUGUCGUUUAGUUUUAGAAGUAUAUGGAAGGAGUUAGAUCUUUUUUUUUUUUUUUUUUAAAUAUGCAGAUGUAGGAAGUUUAACAGAUGUGUCAUUUAAAGGGAAACUUUGCAGAUCUUCCACCAGCAAAUCUGCAAAAUAUCCCUUUAAGGAAUUCCUUCAAUGCAUAAAUUCUUUGUUUUUGAUUUUUGUAUAAUUGUUACUGCCAGGAUUAAAUGCAAGAUGACGUAUUCCCUCACCCUGUUUUUGCUCUUAUGUUUCUGUUUAACCGUCAUGUGCGUCACUAUUUAACAUCCCCAGUGCUGCUGCUGCUCAGCACCAUCACAACUAAAUACCAGAAGUGUAAUGACUGUCCAACAGGAGUCACUAUAUUCACCAUUGUUUUCUCUCUUAAUUCCUUUUAAUCUACAAACCUCUGUAGGUCUGUCAAUUUUGAUAUUGUGAGAAUAAAGUUUUUGUAUCAAUGCUGA